UUGCAUUUCAUUACUUUCCCCAGAUAAAUUCUUUGCUAUGGACAUCAUGAAAAGAGAAAAUCCAGUUCUAGUGUUAUCCUAUUUACUUAUUACGGCAGGUUUUGAAGUUUAUGCACAAAACUAUGACUACAGUUAUACAGCCGAGUGUUUGAAAAAUCCUCUUAAACCUCAAUAUAAUGGAGGGAUAGUGGUAAAUCCGGAACUUAAUGAUGAUUUAAAUGGAUGGUCGAGUUUUGGAGAUGCUAAAAUAGAGCACAAGGUUACAAAUGAUGGAAAUAAAUACAUCGUUGCCUCAGAGAGGAAAGGACCAUAUCAUGGUUUUUCACAAAAGUUUCAAUUGGACAAAGACAAGUUCUACGUAAUUUCUGGUUGGGUACAAGUGAGUCAUGGUGAUGCCCAUAGAGUAGCAGUCAUAUUCAAGACACAAAAUGGUUUUCAACAUGCUGCUUGGGCCAUUGCUAAAUCUGGUUGUUGGUCUAUGUUUAAGGGUGGUUUAGUUGUCAAUGCUUCUGGACCAGCCGAACUCUAUUUUGAGACCAAUAAUACAUCAAUUGAUAUAUGGGCGGAUAGUAUUUCAGUAAAACCAUUCAGCCAAGAAGAGUGGAAGUCCCAUCAAGAUCAAACCAUUGAAAAGGUACGCAAAAGCAAAGUGGCAAUCCAAAUUGUUGACUCAAAAGGCAAGCCUUUACCAAACGCAACAAUCUCCUUAAUUCAAGGAAGAGCCAAUUUCCCAUUUGGUUGCGCAAUUAACAAAAACGUCCUAAACAAUACUGCUUACAACAACUGGUUCUUCUCAAGAUUCAAAUUCACAGUAUUUGAAGAUGAAAUGAAAUGGUACACUAACGAACCAUCUCAAGGCAAAGAAGACUACUCAGUUUCUGAUUCAUUGCUCAAAUUAUGCAAAAGCCGCGGCGUCAGUGUCCGUGGCCAUAAUAUACUUUGGGAUGACCCAAAAUUUCAGCCAAAUUGGGUUCCUUCAUUGUCCCCACAACAACUAUCUGCUGCUGCUACUAAAAGAGUUGGCUCAGUUGUGAGAAAAUACAGUGGACAAGUUAUUCAUUGGGAUGUUGUUAAUGAAAAUCUUCACUUCAAUUUUUUUGAGAGUAAACUUGGCCAAGGUGCAUCUGCUAAUUUUUAUCGUUUGGCUUCACAAUUUGAUAAGGCGCCUUUGUUCUUGAAUGAUUUUAAUACAAUAGAAGAACAAAAAGAUGGUGCAUCUUCACCAGCCAAUUAUCUUGCUAAGAUUAAACAAUUAAGAGCAGAAGGGUAUAAUGGUCCUCUUGGGAUUGGAUUGGAAGGACAUUUUACUACUCCAAACCAGCCUUAUAUUAGGUCCUCACUUGAUACACUUGCUUCUGCAAAAUUGCCCAUUUGGAUCACUGAAUUGGAUGUUUCAAGCGGUCCUAACCAGGCACAAUUCUUGGAUCAAAUUAUAAAGGAGGUGGUUGGACACCCAGCUGUUCAAGGGUUAUUAAUUUGGUCAGCAUGGAGUCCAAAAGGAUGUUUUCGAAUGUGUUUGACUGAUAAUAAUUUCAAAAACCUUCCAACUGGAGAUGUUGUAGACAGAGUUCGUACGACAUUAUCUCACCAGGGUUUAAUUGGGACAACAAAUUCCGAUGGUUAUUUCGAGACUUCACUUUUCCAUGGAGAUUACCAAGCCGUUGUUACUCAUCCAUUAUUGGCAGAUUCAUCCUUUCAACACAAUUUGACAGUGAUACCUACAGCUGAUGAAAGUGAUGAAAUUAGAUUAUUAAGUUACAAAUUCACUACUGCAUGAGUAAAAAGUGUACUUAAUUAAUUCACUG